CUUGCUGAGUAACAUGACAAGCUGGAUGACCUUGCUCCUUUAGCUCCGUUAGCGUUAUCAGGGGGGGCUAUAGUUUGUUGUUUAUUCCUAGGGACAACACAUAGGUGUAAAACCUUUGAGACUGGGCAGGUUUUACCUCCUUUGUCGAAAGUCCGUGGAGGAUAGUGGACGACUGUGGCGGUGCAUUCACCAUGGGAGCAAUAGGUGGAGGAAUAUUCCAGGCUGUCAAAGGCUUUAGAAACGCGCCAGCUGGAAUGAACCACAGACUAAGGGGGAGCAUGACAGCCAUUAGGACUAGAGCCCCACAGCUAGGAGGAAGUUUUGCUGUAUGGGGCGGACUCUUUUCAAUGAUUGAUUGUGGGCUGGUGAAAGUGCGGGGAAAAGAGGAUCCCUGGAACUCGAUAACAAGCGGAGCCAUGACGGGUGCUAUCCUUGCUGCAAGAAAUGGGCCAGUUGCUAUGGUAGGUUCUGCUGCUAUGGGAGGCAUACUGUUAGCUUUAAUAGAAGGUGCUGGAAUCCUUCUUACAAGAUUUGCUUCAUCACAGUUCCCUACUGGCCCACAAUUUGCAGAGGAACCUGCUCCUAUGCCUGGCCCUUCUUUUGGGGACUACAGACAAUACCAGUGAGAGGCCAGUUCGUCUUGAGGUCUUUCAAAUUUCCAUGAACUCAUCUGGGUGCCAAAGUUGCACAUAAGCACCAGUGGAACUGUCUCUCAUUAAAUGAGCAUGCACCAAUGCAGCCUACCAUUAGGAACUUUUGUCUGAGAAUGAAAAGACCAAACACUUUUUUACUGGUCUUCUGCAGUAUACCCUUUGCUGUUUUCAGCUAUUUAGUUUGUAAUUUACCAUAUUUAAAGUCUUAUUUAGUCCAGCAAGGGAUGAUUGAAGUGAUGUCUGCCUUGAAAAGUCUUCACUUUAUUCAUCAUACUUCUGUUGACAGAAAUUAGGGACACUGUAGGUCAUGCCAGUUUGUUCAGAUACACCAGUGUUUCUCAUCUUUGGUCCUGAAGUAGUCCUCCACUGCUUAUUUUCUUAGGUCUAACACCUUUUAAGCUCAUUAAAAGGCUAGCAAAAAAAAAAGAGACCAACAUUGUACUGUUUGCUCAAAAAGCAAUUGGAAUUGCGUGUGUGGAUGUGAUUCACUUUGUAUGAUUGUGUGUCUGCAUGUAUGUGUGUAUAUAACAGACAUGCAUUAGUGGAAUAUUUUGCCUUAACGUCCUCUGUCUCAUGAGUUCUGCUAAGCCCUUGUAUAGUUAUAUAAUUCCUUUCUUAAACAUUUGCCAUCUGAAUGUCCCUAAACUGUACUUUUUGAAAUAGCUAUUUAUUUUUUACAAGAAGUACAUCAGAUUUUAAGUGUUUUAGGUCUUCUUGUGCUUCAUUCAGCUCAACAGAAUAAUAUUAGGACCAUUAUGGGCAAAGGAUGUUUUUCAGAUAGAAGGAUAAAACGGCAGACAGGUUUCAGAUAGCAGAUGUCAAACAAAUUGGAUUGAAUACUGUUGUAAAUAAACAGCUAUUACUGUACUGGAAUUAAGCACUUGCUUUCAUGUUCAUUGGUCAAUUACCGUGCCUGUGUCUGGACGUUGCAAUUAUGCUGUAACAUAAAUAUUGCUAACCACUUGCAGAAUACACUACAUAGAUUCAGCUGUUGCGCUGUUAUGGCAAGGAAAAAUGUCCCAGCAUUAUUUAUGUGGAUCGUAUAUGGUACAAUUUAGCAAAUGCUAUCUUUCUUUCUUUUUAGUUUUGUAAGGCAGCCCAGAGCAGAGGCCCUGUGCAUUUUUAUCUGUGUGUAUAGCAGACAUCUGCCAUAGGCACAUAAAAAUAUGAAUGAGA